AUGCUCGCUUCGCGUAAUUAUCUGUUGAUCUCGAUACUCGCUGUUGUAUCUGGUGCACCUAAAACACGAUCCACCAAAUCGAACACACCAACUUGGUAUUUACCAUGUGGCGAGAAUCUAGAAAUCGAUGUGAACAGCGAAGAAGAAGCUAACACGAAUAUAGACGUAAAACCUUAUAUACAGAAGAUUCAGAUUCAGCAUAAAUUGACUCUGAACGAAUAUUUACGUCAAGACUACGAGUACUUGUAUGAAAAGGUACGAAUCGGUGUUAACGAACAUCAAUAUAUCCCGAACUGGGUUCCUGGCAAGAAAGACGUGAACGCAAUCAGAAGGAUCAAGUCCAUUUUAAACUCACAAAUGAUCGUGAAUCACUUUCCAAAGUUACACAUCGAUCUUCAGAAGUUUGCGAUAGCUUUUGAGGAAUUGGUGGAAGACGAGACGAAUCCGAAAAUUUAUAAAGCUCUUCGCGCAACGCAGAUCGCCAUAAAGACUAUGCUAUGCGAAGUAGAAAUCACUAUCAUGGAUCUGCCAUAUCUUCAGAUUCCAUCGCGAGUGGAAAGGAGUAUCAUGAGCAACACGGAAAGAGAGCCCGUGGACGAAACUAGAAGACUUGUUCGUGACUGGGGUAUACUUCUCAAAUACAGAGAUUAUCUUCAUGCCUGGAAGCACAUUUUGGAUUAUUGACUAGCGCCAGAAGAAACGUUCGAUAAUAUUAUACGGUAUUCGAAUCCUAUCGCAAAAAUGUCAAUGUUAUUACAUUUGUGACAAUACAGUAUCGAGAAAAACAAUACGACGAUUGUAACA